AUGCCCAUCGCUAAUCAGUGUUUUCACUCUCUAUACUCACCUUCGUUACACUUUCGUCCCGUGCAGUUUCCUCCCUUUGUGAUGUACUACGAGAGAAACGGCCAAACCCGCAUCUACGGACUGUCGGCCUCGGGCAUUGACAAUGUUACGGCUGCCCUAAAUAUCAGCUACCGCAUUGUGAAACCUCCAGACAUGCAGUGGGGGACCAAGAGUCCCGAAGGUGUGUACACCGGCAUGUUGAGGGAUACGUAUUUAAAAGUGAGGCGAACAUUGGGUUUGGCCCAUUCAAUAUGGAAGACUACCUUGUCGGACGUGUACGACUUCGUUGAAAUAGGAAUCACCAGCGGAGUCCAAGAUGUCGCCACGGGAAACUUCCGCAUUCUCAGCGCAUUUGAUUUAACCACGUGGACCUGCCUUUUGAUCUCGGUGGCUGCACUGAGCCUCAUAAUACCUGCGCUGAGGCACAUUUCUACAAAGGCCGAAGGCGACGCUCGAAAGCUAGCGAGCAAAGUUGCUUCAAACUUCUGGGCUUUAUUCAGCAGUCUCGUGGGACAAGGCACAGCUGCUUUCGGUGACCGCCGUAGCCCGCGUUACGUGUCCGGCGCGUGGCUUUUGGCCAGCCUGGUGAUCAGCACGUACUUCACGAGCCUCAUCGUGGCCGCCCUGACGGUGCACACGUCCUUCGCUCGGAUCGAUUCGCCCGAGGACCUCGUCAAGAAUCCGCACCUGACGCCGCUCGUGCCUGCCGGAACGCAGGUCGCCACCGUCCUGCAGUACGCGAAGGACGGAGCCUACCGUCAAAUACAGAACAUGGUGGAACGACAUCAAGGCGUCAGACCUGUCAGCUUGCUGUACAACCAGAAAGACGUCGAGAAAAUACUGCAGAACAAAGCAGUCUUGUUGGUCGGGAAACUUGCGGCCAAGUACGAGCUGAGGCAUUACUGCUCGAUCCUGCGGGGCCGCUUCUACAUAAGCCGGGACUACCUGUUUGUCUGGAACAGCAUUUGGGCCGCCAACAAGGACUUUCCUUUGGACUUAUUCAAGGAGAUCAACAAAAGGAUCAAGUGGUGGAUGGAAGCCGGCGUGCCGGCGCUGCAUUCGUACGUGCUAGAUCCGCCCGGCGGCUCCUGCUUCGCCGGAAGCCAGGCCUCGAGCGUCUACCAGUUCGGCAACCUGCGUUUCGAGGAUCUCACUGGGCUGUUCUUCGCUCACCUGGCCGCCUUGGCGGUCGCGACGGCCGUCUGUGUGCUCGAGCUCUGCCUGGGCCGAUGGGCCUGCGUGCGGUCGGAGUGAGGGCAGCACUGAAAUUGCCUUCCAACGCCACACACUUUUCCAGCA